UUGGAUCACAAAUAGGAUCCGUGCGCAUGCUCCGUCUGUUCCGUUUACUGUAUAUUCACUGUGGUAAAAGGGCAGGCAGCUAACAAACCAAGCUUUUUACAGCAAAGUGGCUUCUACAAUGUAAAUACGCUCCAGGGAAACCAAAAGGGAUAUCAACAGGUGUUUUUAGGUGUGAUGAGACAAAAGAACAAAGGAUGCCGUAGAAGAGAGGCUGCUUACAAGCCGGGAAUCUGCUUCAAAGCACAACAAAUGGAUCUAUCGCCUCCCCCUGCCGCCUCUAGAUAAUGAUACUUGGCUGAAGCUACUACAUCUUUAUGAUCCCUCCUCCAUCUAUGGCGAACUAUAGCCAUGCAGGGGACCACAACAUCUUGCAGAAUGUCUCUCCUCUCGCCACGUUUCUCAAACUGACAUCCCUGGGUUUUAUCAUUGGAGUCGGCGUCGUUGGCAACCUCCUGAUCUCCAUCCUACUGGUCAAAGACAAGAGCCUGCACCGCGCACCGUACUACUUCCUGCUGGACCUGUGUGCCUCGGAUAUUCUGCGCUCCGCCAUCUGCUUCCCCUUUGUUUUCACCUCCGUCAAGAAUGGUUCCACCUGGACGUACGGCACGCUUACCUGCAAAGUGAUAGCCUUCCUGGGGGUGCUGUCCUGCUUUCACACAGCGUUCAUGCUCUUCUGUGUGAGUGUGACACGCUACCUGGCCAUAGCCCACCACCGCUUCUACACCAAGAGGCUCACCUUCUGGACGUGUCUGGCAGUCAUCUGCAUGGUGUGGACGUUGUCGGUGGCCAUGGCCUUUCCCCCGGUGCUGGACGUGGGGACGUACUCCUUCAUAAGGGAGGAGGACCAGUGUACGUUCCAGCACCGCUCGUUCAGAGCCAACGACUCCCUGGGCUUCAUGCUGCUCCUCGCCCUGAUCCUUCUGGCCACCCAGCUUGUCUACCUCAAGCUAAUCUUCUUCGUUCAUGACCGCCGGAAGAUGAAACCAGUCCAGUUUGUGCCUGCCGUCAGCCAAAACUGGACCUUCCAUGGCCCCGGGGCCAGCGGCCAAGCAGCGGCUAACUGGCUGGCGGGGUUCGGCAGGGGCCCCACACCGCCCACCCUGCUGGGGAUCAGACAGAACAGCAAUGCAGUGGGCCGGCGACGCCUGCUGGUGCUGGACGAGUUUAAGACUGAAAAGAGGAUAAGUAGGAUGUUCUUCAUCAUGACCUUCUUCUUUCUCACGCUCUGGGGCCCCUACCUAGUGGCCUGCUAUUGGAGGGUGUUUGCCAGGGGCCCCGCGGUACCAGGGGGGUACUUGACCGCGGCGGUGUGGAUGAGCUUCGCCCAGGCGGGAGUCAACCCCUUUAUCUGCAUCUUCUCCAACAGGGAGCUCCGGCGCUGCUUCAGCACCACUCUCCUUUACUGCAGAAAGUCCAGGUUACCUAGGGAACCCUACUGCGUUAUAUGAAGGCUUGGGUUGUUUUUUUCCUUCCACUCCUCCACUGAUUGACAUCAAUUUGGGUUUUGUCCCAUUGUACAGCUCUCUUUCUCUUCAUCCUCCUGUUUCUCGUCCUCCUCCUUCCCUCUCUUCUGAGGCAGAAGUUGGACUGUCAAUCACUCCCUUGGUUCUGUGAUUGAACGUCAUACAUGGAGGUUGAAGGGAAUGAAUAAGCAGGUAGCUGAGAACCCUUCCUAUGUUUAUGUUCUAGUAAACAACUGCUGUGGAACGUCAUUUAGAAGCAGAGAAGAACAAAAAAAAUGGUGAAACUACAAAAACAAAGGACUGACCCCUUGCUUUGGAUAUUUUGAAGAUAAUUCAGUGAGGUAAAAGAUUCCGGUGAAAAGAAAAACUGAAAACUAAGAAACCAUUUCCUCUAAGGAGUCACUGGAAUUGUUUUACAUUUAAAAGUUGCACUAAAAAGAAGAUGUAAAGAUGCUUUUUUUGAUCAACGGUUGCAUUGCAAGGUGCAAGGACAACUUGUUUUUCCCCUCUAACUAAACAAUGAAUGCUUUAAUUUGCAAAUGACACCCCAUUCGUUGUAUGUAAAGCAAAACAAUGUUGGGUGACUAUCUGUUGGACUACACCUUCACAAGAGGAUUAAAUUGGUUUUAAUGUAAGUGAUAUCUUUUUUUUAUUUU